AUGGCCAUUGUCGCGCAUAUGGUCCGCCCUUCUGUUCGGCACUUCUCUGCCCAUCGUACACCUCCAGACAGUCUACUCGCACGUGCUGUCGCCAUGUCCUGCAUCGUCACCGGAGUUGUAUUGCCAUUUGUCCCUCCUGCGAUUGAAAGUUCGCGCCAGAGAAACUUGACUCACCCAGACAAUAAGUGA